ACGGACGGCGGAAAGAUGAGUUCGUCUAUCCGAGAAGAAGGCGAGUGCUGCGGUUGGAAUUUGUUUGCAGAACGGGGACGUCGAAGAUCAAGCCCGGCGGGGGUGGCCGGAUUCGGCCCUUUGACUACGUACUUUCCGUUGUUGUGGAACUCUACCGGAAGUUGCUACCUGUGCCGCGCUUCCUGUACUUACGUCUUGGGAAUUUAUAUCUGCGCCGAGUGCCGAGAACGUUUCCGGAAGAUAGUCGUCGACGGAGAGGGCCUGGUUUGCAACCGCCCUCACGGACCCACCGAGUGUGAAUUUUGUCUGGCGGAAGAAGUCUACAAGUACGCCUCGGCUAACUUCGUAGUUCCGGACUUUUGCAGAAUCAACUUCGACUCUACGUUUCUGCCUACUCCCGGACCCGAAGGAAGGAUGAGUGUGGUGGAACGAACCGGUCGAGGAGACCAGCAAUUCGUGGAAAUUUUCCAGCGCAGCGUCCGCGACGUCCUGACCUGGAUAUCCGAGCAGAGAGACGUCUUCCUCUUUCCGGCUUCGGACAGAACGACCUUGCUGUCCGUCAACGGAUUGCCGGCCGCCUUGAUCUGGAUGGCCGCCCUCAACGUCAACGUCCACAACGUGGUUAGGGGAGAAGAACAGUACAUCCAGCCGUCUACCUGCACAUCCGAACCCGUGCGCGUCAUCUUGUCCAACAUGUUUAACGUCGGAGCGACCUUCGAAAACAUACGUCUAAACCCUCGGCAUCUUUACUUCGUCAAGUUGAUGGCCGCCCUUCAUACGGGCGCGGACCAGCUGAAGCCGACGGAAGAAGAAGACUGGACGAUGACUUACUCUUCGGAGUUCGUUUUGAGAAGAUUGGCGGCGAAAGAAGUCGGCCGCUUCUUGGUGCGUUCUUAUUGGUCGUGUCUGUCCGACGCCGACCUGUCCGCGGCCGAUCUGAAGACUGUGGUCGACAGCCUGAAGUGGGCGCGCGGCCAGGCCGAGUGGAUGAGAGUGAUCAGGCGAAACGGCGCCCUGGCUUAUCUGGAGGAUUUCGAAACUGGAAUGAACGAAUGGCUGUCCACUCGUCCCGACUUCCUAGACGAUCAUCCGCGGCUGGGACCCGGUUCCGACGUGGCCCUAACGGAAACUGUGUGGGAAUUCUGCCGAACUGCGAACCGAGAGACCCUGAAGAACUUCCGAAUGGCCGAAGAAAUCCUGGUCGAUCGCUUCACCAAGUUCGAUUCGAGUUUGAUUCUGAGCGCCAAUUUCGUCCAAUUCAAUUUGGCUCGUCUGGUAUUCCCAUCCUUCUGGGAAUCCGUCGACCACUCCGAUUACCCGCCUCUGAUGUCGCUGAGAAAGAGGGCGCUGUCCGUCGGGCGCCGGCUGAAAGAGCUGGAUCUGGGUGGAGAUUGUCCGAAUACCUUCUUGGAGUGUUUUCUUCUCCUCGAUCCCUGUGCGCAGCUGGCCGCCAACUUGCGAGAUUGUUCCUUCGACAAACUGCGAGACUUGUUUACCUGGAACGUGUCGAUCUUCCUGAACAUCCCGGUGCAGAAGGUGGUUGCCAAGUUGAAGCCGGAAGACAGUCUGGAGAAUCUGGCCGGUGGGAUCUUGAGGAAAAUCAAAUACACCUCGCGGCGAAGAGCCUUGAAAGACUUCUAUGAACUACUGGAUUAUUUUCGGACCGAAAUUCGACUGCAUUUUCCUCUUCUUCUUAAUUUGCAUUUCUGGACCCAGACGAAAUGACACCGGUCUGGUAUUUGUAAUCGUUAAGUGACUUUUUUCCUCAUUAAAACUUUUCCGACCACGUGUUUCUAUGUUCCGUCGUCCCGGUUUCGCUGGCUUAAAAAUUCGGCCUUUCGUGGGGAUUAAAGGAUCGAACUAUCGCACGCGACAACGAUAAACCAGAUGCUACGCGCGGGAUUUAACGCCGCGCAAACUCUUAAUUACCGGAAAUUAUUCGGAGACGCCUUUUCUAACCUGUAGCCAAAAUAUUGGAAAAUGGGAGAGAAUUUCUUCUCGGUUACGCGUUUCCACAAAAUUAUGCGUUCUCGGCCUAACACGGGAAAAUUGCCCGACAUUUGCACAAAUGCCGCCGAGUAGGAAUGCCAAAUGUUGGGAGUUUUCCAAACUUGUCACGGUAAAUCUAUUGCUUUUUACCCGUGGCCACCCCACAUA